AUGGAAGGAAGAAGAACUAGGGGAAGACCCAGGAUAUACCUUGAUGAAAGUGAACGCCUGCAAAUCAGGCGACAAAGAGAAACACCAGACGAAAGAGCUGCUCGGCUCGAAAUAGAUUCCAUACGCCAUCGUCAAAGACGACAUAAUGAAGAUUCAGAGGCAAGAAAUAUCAGAUUGCACGGGGAUGCCGAGCGUCAUCAAAACAGACGCCAAGUUGAAACAGCUGAAGAAAGAGCUUCUCGAUUGCAAGAGGAGGCUGACAGACAGCGACAAAGACGAGCUAUGGAAGAUGAUAUUCAGCGCGCUGCUAGACUGGAAGGAAAUGCUGUACGCGAGCGAGGAAGGCGUGAGUUACAGAGCGUCGAGGAGCAAGCCGCUAGGUUGGAGGGAAAUACCCAAAGUCAGAGGAGAAGGCGUGCACUGGAGAAUGCCGAAGAGCGAGCUUCAAGGUUGGAGGAAAACACCAGAAGACAGAGGACAAGGCGUGCACAAGAGAAUGUCGAAGAGCGAGCGGCACGGUUGGAGGAAAACACCCAACGGCAGAGGAGAAGACGUUAUCUAGAAAGUGCGGAGGAGCGAAAUGCUAGGUUAGAGGAAGAUGCCCAACGGCAUAGAAGAAGCCGUGAAUCGGAAAGUAUUGAGGAGCGUGCUGCUCGGCAGGAGAGAAAUACUCAACGACAAAGGAGAAGGCGUGAGCAGGAGAAUGUCGAGGAGCGAGCGGCACGGGUGGACGGCAACGCUCAACGGCAACGAAGGAGACGUGAAGAAAUAGCUGCCGCUGGGCGACACCAGCGCCGUCGUGUGCCUGAUGGAGAGCCUGAUCAAUCAAAUGUCCCAGUUAACCGUCGACGUCGAAAUGGACUUGGAGAAUUCACUGGAGUUGCUUUGCAAACACGUGUGGCCCAAACGAAUUAUCUGGGAGAGCUAAAUCAACGCUGUGUAGAUUGUGGAGCACUGCAUUUUGCUAGCGAGGACUAUCUGGCUGGAGAUGAUAUUUCUGGACCACCUGGGAACCGCGUCGUGUUGUCUUCGUCACAUCUUGGUAGCCCACGUGCAAUGCAGCAAGCAUAUCAAGAUGCCAUGGCGAUUGUGGCUCGCACGGUGUAUAACAUAGCUGUUGGAAGGAGGCGUCGGGUACUGUGCGUAGCCUGGACCGGUAUAGCUGCCAACUUGCUUCCGGGAGGACGAACUGCAAAUUCCGUCUUCAAGCUGAACAUUGCCGAUGGAAAUCGAACUUCUUCAAUGAGACGACAGCAAAAAGAAGCUAAGCACCUUAUGGAGACCGACAUCAUCAUUUGGGAUGAAAUUUCAAUGGCACCUCGAACUGCUCUCGAGGCAGUCGAUGUUCUCCUUAGAGACCUUAUGCAGGUGGACACUCCUUUUGGUGGGAAAGUGUUUGUUAUCGGCGGUGAUUUUCGACAGAUUCUGCCAGUAGUUGAACACGGUCAACGGGAAGAUAUUGUUGAUGCAUGCGUUUUGAAGUCUUUACUCUGGCCAUUGUUUCGUGUUCACCGACUGGAGGUGAACAUGAGAGCACGUGAAUCUGGCAGUGAUUGGCGUGAUCGACUCCUUGAAAUUGGCAAUGGACAAUCUAACGAUGAAGAGGGUCGCACAACGAUUUCUGAAGAAAUGAUGUGCACGACAGAUAUCGUUACCGAAGUUUUUGGAGAGGUACUCGAUCCAUCUGCCACUUCAGCCCUCUGCGAAAACGCUAUACUUGCGCCAAAAAAUGUUCACGUCCAGCGUUUGAACGACGAGGCUCUGCAGCGCAUGAGUGUUGAUAGAUCCGAAGACGAGCGCAUUUACAAAAGCAUAGACGAGGCGCUUUAUCCUGAAGGGGAGUCACGACAGCUAUUCCAGAUGGAAUACUUGCAUUCCCUCACUCCCACAGGAAUGCCACCUCAUGAGCUGCAUCUGAAAAAGGGGGCUAUUGUGAUGUUGUUAAGGAAUCUGGAUGUGGCCAAUGGUCUGUGUAAUGGGACGCGCCUCAAGGUAGAAACACUCGGACGUCGGACAUUAGCUUGCAGAUUCGUUUGUGGGGAAAGGAGAGAUCAGCUGGCUAUCAUCCCAAGAAUAGACAACUACUGGGAUCAGAGAACACCUUUCCGACUUCGUCGUCGCCAGUUUCCUGUGCGCGUAGCCUUUGCUAUGACGAUCAAUAAAGCCCAAGGACAAUCAUUUAACAAAGUUGGUGUAUUUCUCCCAGAAGACGUCUUCUCCCACGGACAGCUCUAUGUUGCGCUCUCCCGCGCAAGAACUCCUAAUGGCAUAAGGGUGAAAUCUGCCUCUGACAGACUGAGGAAUAUAGUGUUUGACGAAGUUCUGUUUUGA